AUGAAUAAUGUAAAUUUAAGAGUAGUAAUUCAACUAGCCUAUUUUAUAUUGGUGCUUACAAUAAAAUUAAGUUAAUCAUAAUUCAGAAUACUUUUAAGUUAUUUUAAGUAUGAUCUUGACUGUGCUCUUUAUACCUUUAAUAGAUAUGUGAAUACAUGCGUUGAGCAAUAAUAACUGAUAUUUAAAUCACUAUGCGUUGAUCUUGGGUUGAUAAAUGAUGGAUUCCUAAGUAGAUUUCAGUAUUUUUGGUUGGGAUUAACAAUAUAACUAGAAUUUGAUUCCACGAUCCAAAAUUAAAUAGUUAGAGUUGGAUACCUCUUGGUUGUAAUUGCUUCAGCAAAUUAGACUUCAAUUUAUCUAUUAAUUGAUUCGUCUGCAAUUGGGAUCAUUUUUGGCGAAGCUUUGUAUGGUUUGCUACUAUUAUAUUAAUUUAUUGUGAAAACAAAUUAGUAGGUAAAGAAGUUACCUCUACAUAAAUCCUGUUCUCAUAGUUUUACUGAGAAAAUAGAGAGUCCUCAAUAACAGAUAUUUGAUGAAGACUCGAAUCAAAUUAAAUUUAUGCCAUUGAAUUAAGGAUUAGGAAAAAACUCUUCAUUAUAUUCAAGGGAUCCAUCGGUUCUAGAAUAGAUAGAAUAGUAAAAAACCUUUUAUGAGAUUUUAUUCAAUUAGUUUCCUGAAGGAAUAUUAAUAAUCAAAGAUCAAAAUAAGAUUGAUUAUCACAAUAAUCAAGUCUACAAUUUGUUGGGAAGAAAACAUAUUCAAAAUAGAAAAGAUUAAAUAUUGCCUCGUUUGUAUGAAUUAAAGAAUUAUAGUUCGAAAUUUCAAUUUGAGGAAUAAACAUAGUUUGACAAAUUCUUUUCUAAUAGGAAUGAGAAAUGA